AUGCUGGAACCUACAGAACGCAAAAUGGCAAUGUGGAGCGACGUCGAACUCCUGACCAACGAGGACACCAACACUGUGAGACUGGGCAAUGUGUCCAGAGAGGACAGUGGCAGUGGACUGUACCAGGUGGACACUUUGGUCAAGAUUUCUGCAGACACUGAGGUGGAGGGAGAUCCUCGGCUGUCGUCCCACAGCGGCUCAAACUGGAGCAUUGUUGUGGCGGAUAAAACCGUCGUUCUCUUUGACCAGAGCUACCAGACCAUACUUCUGCUUUUGCACUUUGAAACUGAAGUGGAAGCGUUUGAUGUGUGUCUCGAUGGACAGUUUUUAGUGGUUUGUGAACAAAAUGGGAAUUUGCAUCUGGUUUAUGUGCCACACAAGAAAAUCUUACUCACCAAGGCUUUAGUGGCAAACGGAUCCAGUGGAAGAAAAACCUAUCGCAGUCUCAUCAUAGAAGAGGACAAAGUGUCAGCAGGAACAUACCACCUAUUUCUGCUCAUCAAAGAUGGCUUUUUUCACAUCAAAAACCUGGCUUUGGCAAAGAUGGAAACUGCCAUCGCAGAAAUGGACUUGGCGGCAGCUAAGGAGCUGCAGUCUGUCAUCAAGAUCGACUUUUAUCAAACCAGCGAUUUUCACGACGAGAGCUGCAGCUCUGCGGUUCUCUUCACCGCGGGACAUCAGAUCCACCUCCUCAUCGGGGGAGGCCAGGAGAACGUUUUAACAGACUGGAAGAUGGAUCCAAAUGGAAAGAUGUGUCUUGCACAUUGUGUGAGCAACAUGCUGAUCCCAGGUGUGAGGAAGAUGGCAGUGGUAGAAAAUCACGUGUACGUUCUGGACACAGAGGACUUCUUGAGCCUGUGGGACCUGAACGUUUUCGUCAUGAUUCACUGUUGGUCCGAUCUGUCCGUUCUCGACUUCGAACUGAUCUCGGAGUGCGGCUCUGCGUCCGUGGCGUCGCAAGAUGGCGGCGGUCUGAAGAUGAUCACACUGCUCAAGCACAGCAGCAGUCAGAUAAACUCGCUGCAGAUCCGCUCGCUGCCUUCAAUGACUGUUUGUUAUUCCAUGGACAUCUCCUCUGUGUCUUGUCUCGUGCGCACCAAAACCAACAUGGAUACAUUUUAUUUAGUGGAAGGAAUCUGUGAAAACCCUGAAAGUCGUGGGCGGCCCAUCUCUUCCCUCGCCAUCAGAUGCUUCACUGAGGCUUUGCCAGAAAACAGACUGAGCAGACUACUCCAUAAGCGAAUGUUUGAGGAGGCUGAGAAAUUUGCAAUCGCGUUUGAGCUGGACUUGGAGCUUGUCUACAAGGUGAAGCUGGAGUUCGUUCUGGAGCAGUUGGCUUCUGCGUCGGUGGGAGGUUAUGGGCAGGAGGUGUGGUCGGAGCUGGUGGAGGAGGCGCGCACCAACCUCAUCAAGAUCUCAGACGAGCAGUACGUGGUGGACUACUGCCUGAAGGCUCCGUGGCCGACCUUCCAGACGGCAGAGAAGAUGUUGAACCACGCUGCGUCUCGCUUCUGCUCGCUGCAGGUCCAGGAGGCUCUGGCUCGACUCGCCACGUUCUGCAGCCUGCAUCGUGUGGACAAGUUCAAUGGUAUUGCUUGGAUCGAGUUCCUGAACUGCUCGGACAUGUUGGGAGACGUCCUGUUCCACCUGCGGGACGGAGACCUGAAGGGGGCGCAGCUGCUCUGGCUCAGACACGAGGGACAGAUAGCUGCGGAGUUCGAUGAGCAGAAGCUGGAGGAGGUGCUGAGGUCUAUCCCCGAAGACCUGCCCUCUUCAGACCUGUGUCCCUGGUUCAAGUCCGUGUUCAUUCCAUUUGUGAGGAGAGCGCUGCCGUCCGGACAGAAAAACCUGGCUCGAUGGCUGGAGCAGAGGGCAAGGAAUCUUGAGUUAACUGAAAAGAGCGCCUGGCCUCAGAACGGCUUGAAUCUUGCCGUGCUCGGACUUCCCUCCCUGUGGACCUGGACCAAAUGUGAUGACAACUACGGAGCAGAAGAAUUAGAAACCCUCAAGGGUUUAGUCGCCAAUCUGCGCCACCUGCUGGAACUGGACCGGAAAUACAGCUGCAAACUGUCGCUCUCCGUGUUCGAGAAGGGGAAUGUCCGCAGCGUGGCCUUCUUCAUGUUGGACAAAGUCCCGGCUCCGGAGCUCAUCCCUCACACAGUGGACACCUGCAUCGUCCCCUACGCCCAGGAGCACCAGCUGCCCUUCGACGAGCUGCUGCUACAGUACAUCAAGGACCUGCUGGAGCGCUGCAGCUCCCAGACCACCACCCUCUUCACGGAGUGGGAGGCCAAAGCUGUGGCUGUGCUGCGCUGCAUGACGGACACAGACCUGAUGGUGGAUGCGGUGCUGGAGAUUAUGCAGAAGGCUGUGGUGCCCUGGAGUAACGUGGUGGAGAAGCUGGUGCAACAGUACCUGGAGAUGGAAGGGCCAAAACAGGAACUUCUGAAGGAGAACUUUCGUCUGAUGCAGAUCCGGAAACUCCUGAGGGGCUACGGCAUCCGCAACUUCAACCUGACCAACAACAGCCAAAUCAUGACUCUCAUCAGAUACAUAUUGAAGCAAAACUUGCCGUCGUCGUUGGAGGACUCCCUAACGCUGGCCGAGGCCUACAAACUGCCCACGUCACAGAUCAACUUCAUGCACCUCGUCCAGCUCAUCGGACAGGGAAAAAGGGAGGAGUGCAUGACUGUGCUGAAGAAGCUGAUCCCUGCGGAGGCGGAGUGUGUCAUUGGGCGCCUCACCACAUGGGGGCGCCUGCAGCUGGAGAACAAGGAGCAUCUGAGUGAGGAGCAUAAGAAAGAGCAGAUGUCCGUGGCCCAGGUGGUGGUGGAGGCCCUCAAGUAUCUGCAGACCAUGUGUUCUGAAGACGUCUUCAAAAGUAUGGAGUGUGAAAACAACCUGGUGAUGUUCCAGACCAUUUCACACUUGCAGGAGGACUUUGACGUUUUUGUCCCGCCAACCAACUAUGAAGACCCGCAGAUCCGUAAGCAGAUCCAGGAGCACCACAUCACAGCGUACGAAAACACCAGUGAAUCAUCCAGGUCCAAGUCCAGGGCUCAGAGCACCCCGGUCAUGUCCAAUGACCCCGACGGCAAAACCAAGACCAUCUCCACUGAGGCCGGGCUGCGCCGCCUGGGCAGACAGCUGCAGCGCACAGAGCAGGAGCUGUGGUCCGACCUGGCCAUUCGGGCGCUGGGAGUAGGCAAAGUGCACAAGGCCCUGAAGAUUCUCAGCGAGCUUUACGAGCACCACUGCAACCCCAGCACCGGGAAGGUCCUGUUCACUGCGGCCAAGACCCUGUGUCAGAUGCUGGAGGCUGACGUCCCCAUGGUGCUGCCCGAGGCCAUGGACCUCCCCGCGGUCAUCCACAGUCUGGCCUGUCAGGCAAUCACCGUCUGCCACUCAGACCUGCUGUUGGACUGCACCGAGCUCUGCAAGUGCACCAGACUCGCCAUGGACGUCUAUCACCAGUGUCAGCUCUCAGACAACUACGGCUUCAUCGGCAAGGAGUCGCUCGCUCCUCCUCCGCUCACAGGAGUCGCUCGCUCCUCCUCCGCUCACGGGAGUCGCUCGCUGCUCACCGCAGUCGCUCCUCCUCCUCCGCUCACAGGAGUCGCUCGCUGCUCCUCCUCCCCCGCUCACGGGAGUCGCUCGCUGCUCCUCCUCCUCCGCUCACGGGAGUCGCUCGUUCCUCCUCCGCUCACAGGAGUCGCUCGCUCCUCCUCCUCCGCUCACAGGAGUCGCUCGUUCCUCCUCCUUCGCUCACAGGAGUCGCUCGUUCCUCCUCCUUCGCUCACAGGAGUCGCUCGCUGCUCCUCCUCCUCCGCUCACGGGAGUCGCUCGUUCCUCCUCCUCUUCCGCUCACAGGAGUCGCUCGCUCCUCCUCCGCUCACAGGAGUCGCUCGCUCCUCCUCCGCUCACAGGAGUCGCUCGCUCCUCCUCCGCUCACGGGAGUCGCUCGCUGCUCACCGCAGUCGCUCCUCCUCCUCCGCUCACAGGAGUCGCUCGCUGCUCCUCCUCCCCCCGCUCACGGGAGUCGCUCGCUGCUCCUCCUCCUCCGCUCACGGGAGUCGCUCGUUCCUCCUCCGCUCACAGGAGUCGCUCGCUCCUCCUCCUCCGCUCACAGGAGUCGCUCGUUCCUCCUCCUUCGCUCACAGGAGUCGCUCGUUCCUCCUCCUUCGCUCACAGGAGUCGCUCGCUGCUCCUCCUCCUCCGCUCACGGGAGUCGCUCGUUCCUCCUCCUCUUCCGCUCACAGGAGUCGCUCGCUCCUCCUCCGCUCACAGGAGUCGCUCGCUCCUCCUCCUCCGCUCACAGGAGUCGCUCGUUCCUCCUCCUUCGCUCACAGGAGUCGCUCGCUCCUCCUCCUCCUCCCACAGAGGCGCUCGCUCCUCCUCCGCUCACAGGAGUCGCUCGCUCCUCCUCCUCCUCCGCUCACAGGAGUCGCUCGCUCCUCCUCCUCCGCUCACGGGAGUCGCUCGUUCCUCCUCCUCUUCCGCUCACAGGAGUCGCUCGCUCCUCCUCCGCUCACAGGAGUCGCUCGCUCCUCCUCCUCCGCUCACAGGAGUCGCUCGUUCCUCCUCCUUCGCUCACAGGAGUCGCUCGCUCCUCCUCCUCCUCCCACAGAGGCGCUCGCUCCUCCUCCGCUCUCACAGGAGUCGCUCGCUCCUCCUCCUCCUCCGCUCACAGGAGUCGCUCGCUCCUCCUCCUCCGCUCACGGGAGUCGCUCGUUCCUCCUCCUCCUCCGCUCACGGGAGUCGCUCGUUCCUCCUCCGCUCACAGGAGUCGCUCGCUCCUCCUCCGCUCACAGGAGUCGCUCGCUCCUCCUCCGCUCACAGGAGUCGCUCGCUCCUCCUCCGCUCACAGGAGUCGCUCGCUCCUCCUCCUCUCCGCUCACAGGAGUCGCUCAUUCCUCCUCCUCCUUCGCUCACAGGAGUCGCUCGCUCCUCCUCCCACAGGAGUCGCUCGCUCCUCCUCCGCUCACAGGAGUCGCUCGCUCCUCCUCCUCCUCCGCUCACAGGAGUCGCUCGCUCCUCCUCCUCCUUCCACAGGAGUCGCUCGCUCCUCCUCCUCCUCCCACAGGAGUCGCUCGCUCCUCCGCUCACAGGAGUCGCUCGCUCCUCCUCCUCCGCUCACAGGAGUCGCUCGCUCCUCCUCCUCCGCUCACAGGAGUCGCUCGCUCCUCCUCCUCCCACAGGAGUCGCUCGCGCCUCCUCCUCCCACAGGAGUCGCUCGCGCCUCCUCCUCCCACAGGAGUCGCUCGCUCCUCCUCCUCCCAGAGGAGUCGCUCGCUCCUCCUCCUCCCACAGGAGUCGCUCGCUCCUCCUCCUCCCACAGGAGUCGCUCGCUCCUCCUCCUCCCACAGGAGUCGCUCGCUCCUCCUCCGCUCACAGGAGUCGCUCGCUCCUCCUCCUCCUCCUCCGCUCACAGGAGUCGCUCGCUCCUCCUCCUCCUCCGCUCACAGGAGUCGCUCGCUCCUCCUCCUCCUCCGCUCACAGGAGUCGCUCGCCCCCUCCUCCUCCUCCGCUCACAGGAGUCGCUCGCUCCUCCUCCUCCUCCGCUCACAGGAGUCGCUCGCUCCUCCUCCUCUCACAGGAGUCGCUCGCUCCUCCUCCUCCUCCCACAGGAGUCGCUCGCUCCUCCGCUCACAGGAGUCGCUCGCUCCUCCUCCUCCUCCGCUCACAGGAGUCGCUCGCUCCUCCUCCUCCUCCGCUCACAGGAGUCGCUCGCUCCUCCUCCUCCCACAGGAGUCGCUCGCUCCUCCUCCGCUCACAGGAGUCGCUCGCUCUUCCUCCUCCUCCUCCGCUCACGGGAGUCGCUCGCUGCUCCUCCUCCUCCGCUCACGGGAGUCGCUCGUUCCUCCUCCUCCUCCGCUCACGGGAGUCGCUCGCUCCUCCUCCGCUCACGGGAGUCGCUCGCUCCUCCUCCUCCGCUCACAGGAGUCGCUCGUUCCUCUUCCUCCUUCGCUCACAGGAGUCGCUCGCUCCUCCUCCUCCUCCGCUCACAGGAGUCGCUCGCUCCUCCUCCGCUCACAGGAGUCGCUCGCUCCUCCUCCGCUCACAGGAGUCGCUCGCUCCUCCUCCUCCUCCUCCCACAGGAGUCGCUCGCUCCUCGCUCCUCCUCCUCCGCUCACGGGAGUCGCUCGCUGCUCCUCCUCCUCCGCUCACGGGAGUCGCUCGUUCCUCCUCCUCCUCCGCUCACGGGAGUCGCUCGCUCCUCCGCUCACGGGAGUCGCUCGCUCCUCCUCCUCCGCUCACAGGAGUCGCUCGUUCCUCUUCCUCCUUCGCUCACAGGAGUCGCUCGCUCCUCCUCCUCCUCCGCUCACAGGAGUCGCUCGCUCCUCCUCCGCUCACAGGAGUCGCUCGCUCCUCCUCCUCCUCCUCCCACAGGAGUCGCUCGCUCCUCCUCCGCUCACAGGAGUCGCUCGCUCCUCCUCCUCCUCCGCUCACAGGAGUCGCUCGCUCCUCCUCCUCCUCCCACAGGAGUCGCUCGCUCCUCCGCUCACAGGAGUCGCUCGCUCCUCCGCUCACAGGAGUCGCUCGCUCCUCCGCUCACAGGAGUCGCUCGCUCCUCCUCCUCCUCCCACAGGAGUCGCUCGCUCCUCCUCCUCCCACAGGAGUCGCUCGCUCCUCCUCCUCCUCCCACAGGAGUCGCUCGCUCCUCCGCUCACAGGAGUCGCUCGCUCCUCCUCCUCCUCCGCUCACAGGAGUCGCUCGCUCCUCCUCCGCUCACAGGAGUCGCUCGCUCCUCCUCCUCCUCCUCCGCUCACGGGAGUCGCUCGCUGCUCCUCCUCCUCCGCUCACGGGAGUCGCUCGUUCCUCCUCCUCCUCCGCUCACGGGAGUCGCUCGCUCCUCCUCCGCUCACGGGAGUCGCUCGUUCCUCCUCCUCCUUCGCUCACAGGAGUCGCUCGCUCCUCCUCCUCCUCCGCUCACGCUCGCUGCUCCUCCUCCUCCGCUCACGGGAGUCGCUCGUUCCUCCUCCUCCUCCGCUCACGGGAGUCGCUCGCUCCUCCUCCGCUCACGGGAGUCGCUCGCUCCUCCUCCGCUCACGGGAGUCGCUCGCUCCUCCUCCUCCGCUCACAGGAGUCGCUCGUUCCUCCUCCUCCUUCGCUCACAGGAGUCGCUCGCUCCUCCUCCUCCUCCGCUCACGGGAGUCGCUCGUUCCUCCUCCUCCUCCGCUCACGGGAGUCGCUCGCUCCUCCUCCGCUCACGGGAGUCGCUCGCUCCUCCUCCUCCGCUCACAGGAGUCGCUCGUUCCUCUUCCUCCUUCGCUCACAGGAGUCGCUCGCUCCUCCUCCUCCUCCGCUCACAGGAGUCGCUCGCUCCUCCUCCGCUCACAGGAGUCGCUCGCUCCUCCUCCGCUCACAGGAGUCGCUCGCUCCUCCUCCGCUCACAGGAGUCGCUCGCUCCUCCUCCGCUCACAGGAGUCGCUCGCUCCUCCUCCGCUCACAGGAGUCGCUCGCUCCUCCUCCUCCUCCCACAGGAGUCGCUCGCUCCUCGCUCCUCCUCCUCCGCUCACGGGAGUCGCUCGCUGCUCCUCCUCCUCCGCUCACAGGAGUCGCUCGUUCCUCUUCCUCCUUCGCUCACAGGAGUCGCUCGCUCCUCCUCCUCCUCCGCUCACAGGAGUCGCUCGCUCCUCCUCCGCUCACAGGAGUCGCUCGCUCCUCCUCCGCUCACAGGAGUCGCUCGCUCCUCCUCCGCUCACAGGAGUCGCUCGCUCCUCCUCCGCUCACAGGAGUCGCUCGCUCCUCCUCCUCCUCCUCCCACAGGAGUCGCUCGCUCCUCCUCCGCUCACAGGAGUCGCUCGCUCCUCCUCCUCCUCCGCUCACAGGAGUCGCUCGCUCCUCCUCCUCCUCCGCUCACAGGAGUCGCUCGCUCCUCCUCCUCCGCUCACAGGAGUCGCUCGCUCCUCCUCCUCAUCCGCUCACAGGAGUCGCUCGCUCCUCCUCCUCUUCCGCUCACAGGAGUCGCUCGCUCCUCCUCCUCCUCCCACAGGAGUCGCUCGCUCCUCCGCUCACAGGAGUCGCUCGCUCCUCCGCUCACAGGAGUCGCUCGCUCCUCCGCUCACAGGAGUCGCUCACUCCUCCUCCUCCUCCCACAGGAGUCGCUCGCUCCUCCUCCUCCCACAGGAGUCGCUCGCUCCUCCUCCUCCUCCGCUCACAGGAGUCGCUCGCUCCUCCUCCUCCCACAGGAGUCGCUCGCUCCUCCUCCGCUCACAGGAGUCGCUCGCUCCUCCUCCUCCUCCUCCGCUCACGGGAGUCGCUCGCUGCUCCUCCUCCUCCGCUCACGGGAGUCGCUCCCACGACUCCGUGAAGCUGAUCAAGUUCGCGGACGACACCACCCUCAUUGGACUAAUCUCCAACAACGAUGAGUCCGCCUACAGGAGGGAGGUGGACCGGCUGGUGUCCUGGUGCAGUGGUAACAACCUGGAGCUGAACGCCCAGAAGACAGUGGAGAUGAUUGUGGACUUCAGGAAGAGCACUGUCCCCCCGCCCCCACCCUCCGUGAUGGACUCCCCCAUCACCUCUGUGGAGUCCUUCCGUUUCCUGGGCACCACCAUCACCCAGGACCUCAAGUGGGAGCCGACCAUCAGCUCCCUCAUCAAGAAGGCGCAGCAGAGGAUGUACUUCCUGCGGCAGCUCAGGAAAGCCAAGCUGCAGUUCUACACGGCCAUCAUCGAGUCCAUCCUCACCUCCUCCAUCACCUCCUCAUCACCUCCUCCAUCACCUCCUCCAUCACCGUGUGGUUCGCUGGAGCCACAGUCAGGGACAAACAGAGACUACAGUGCAUUGUGCGCUCUGCAGAGGAAGUGA